AUGCAUAUCCAAUCUCUCACCGUGCCCCUACUGGCGGCGUCUCUUCCUCUCGCCUCUGCUCAGCUCGACUACUACGCGAAGAAAGCCGGUCUGCUGUACUUCGGUGCUGCAACUGACACCCCAGGGCAGCGUGAGCGUGCCGGCCUGGAGGCAUCCUACGAGCAGUACGAUGCCAUCCUCGACGACACCAAUGAGUUCGGCCAAACAACCCCGACCAAUGGCCAGAAGUGGCUCUUCACCGAACCCGAGCCAGGUGUCUUCAACUUCACCGAGGGCGACAUCGUCACCUCCAUCGCCGAGAAGAACGGCCAGCUCCUUCGCUGCCACGCCCUCGUCUGGCACAGCCAGCUUGCCCCCUGGGUCGAGACGACGGAGUGGACACCCGAGACGCUUACCGAUGCAAUUGUCCGCCACAUCCAUGAGGUGGCUGGCCAUUACAAGGGCAAGUGCUACGCCUGGGACGUCGUCAACGAGGCCCUCAACGAGGACGGUACCUACCGCGAGUCCGUCUUUUACAACGUUCUCGGCGAGGAGUACCUCAAGCUGGCCUUCCGCACUGCGGCCGAGGUCGACCCGGCGGCGAAGCUGUACUACAACGACUACAACCUUGAGUCCAUCGGCCCCAAGAGCGAGGGCGCCAGGCGCAUCGUCAAGCUGCUCCAAGAUGAUGGUCUCCGGGUCGACGGUGUCGGCAUGCAGGCCCACCUGGUUGCCCAUCGCGCGCCGAGUCUGGACCAACAAAUUGCCGUCAUUCGAUCGUACGCCGAGCUUGGUGUGGAGGUUGCCCUGACGGAGCUGGAUGUCCGCAUUGAGCUCCCUGUCAACGAGACGAACCUCGAGUGGCAGAAGGAGGCUUACAAGAACGCUGUCGGUGCCUGCGUUCAGGUAUCUGCCUGCAUCGGUGUUACUAUCUGGGACUUCUACGACGCCUUCAGCUGGGUUCCUUACGUCUUUGAAGGUGAAGGCGCCGCCCUUCUCUGGUUUGACGACUUCAGCAAGCACCCUGCCUACUACGGUGUGCUCGAGGCGUUGAAGAACAAGACUGCUGCGCCGUGCAGGAGGAGACGGACUCUGGACUCUGGCAAGAGCAAGAAGCUCUUCUAG